CGAAGGGAAGAUCUUUUGUUCUGACACCUUUUUUGAUGCCUUUGUGUUGGUUGUGUGUCCAAGCUCGUUUCGAAUCCAUGUCAUUGUUUCACAAAGUGUAGAAUGAGCGGCAUGCUAACUAUAUCCAAAACAUUCCUUUGCCUGGUGGUGCUGCUAAUCCAUGCCACAAGCGGCAAAGGCCUUUCUUCCACGUCCCAGUCCAAAGGACAAUUGUUGGUCAUUGGAGCGACUGGUACCACGGGGUUGCGAGCUAUUCAAGGGCUGAUGGAUGCGGGCUACAAGCCACAGCAACUUCGCUUGUUAACCCGCAAUGCCAACAGCGAAAAAUGCCUGGCAUUGAAGAAUGCAGGGUUUGAAAUUGCCCAAGCUGACAUGGAAGAUCUGAAUUCACUUCGAGGCCAAGAUCUCACCACGGGAUGUACUGGUUGCUACGUUCAUUCCACUUCUAGUGACAUACCCGAGUUGGACAAGGGAGAAGUGCCACGAGCCGAAAAUCUGGCCUUGGUCAUUGGCAGCGAGAAGAAUCAAAUUCGCCACAUUGUUUACAACUCAGCAGCGGCACAUGAAGACCAUGGGGUUGCUCGUAUCACUCAAAAACACGACGUGGAAAACGUAUUUCAAAACCUGGUGCAAACACACAACAACAAGGAUGACAAUGGCAAGCUCUCGUUUACAGCACUCCGAUGCAACAUUUUCAUGGAGGAACUCUGGAAGGUAUACACUCGCCCCACAAUCCUCAAGGGUCGCUACCCACUUCCAGUUCGAGGCAAACGCAAAAUUUACUUGAUCUCCGUCCGAGAUUUGGGAAAAUUAGCGGGUAGCAUCAUCAGGAACAGCGGUUCCAAUAAUCCAGAUGAAGCGUCCUCUUUCACUGAAACAAUCAACAUUGCUGGGGACUAUCUUUCUGCCAAGGAAAUUGCACAGGCCUUUGGGUCUGCGCAAGGAACUCCUUGUGAGCACUACAACCCUAGGCUCAUGACGCUCAAGGCGUGGUGGAAAUUCCCGGAGCUCUACGAGCAGAUACGAUUCAUUCAAACCUUUACCGUGCAAACUGAUGUGGAGGCAUUGAAAGGAAGGUUCCCAGGCAUGCUGACGAGCUUUGCGGACUUUUUGGAGGAGACUCAGUGGGGCAAUAAAGAGCUUUCCUUUUCGGACUUUUCAAACAUUGCCAAUCUAAAGUUGUAGGCCACCCUUCCAUACCGGUAGGCUCGUCACGCACUGUUAGCGAGAUAUGGUAGCCGCCAGAUGCGUGUCCAGUGGAAUUGACAAUUAUGCCUAUCUUGCCACUCUGAUCUCCAACAAGAACUGUGGGCAAAGAUAUACGAGGGGUUACCUCCCAAGAUUGCUCGAAGAUGGGAUCGCCAGUAGAACCAAAGGCGGACGUCUGCCCCAUUUCAUCAGUGGGUUGUUAAGUGGGUUGGCCCUUGUAAUUUUGUUCUGAUGAGCAACGAACACUACUGGUACAGUCAUACCAACCAUGCAGCGGGAUUAUUUACGUGCAUAGUCCACAAGUAUAGUAUGGAGCGUGAUAGGCAGAAUCUAUUUUUAGUACAUUAGAAAGCACAGGAUUCGCUCUGAAAGGCCAAU